ACUUGUGUGGCUCUCUCUCCAUCCGACUGGAGGAGUUGAUGUGUCUCAUUAUAAGAGCAGCCAAUGCAGCCGCCAUCCACAGAAAAGCAGAAAGCAUGUCCUAUUUAAAUACACCCACUCCCCAGCAUCACCUUUAGCUUUGCACCGGCCUCCCUACCAAAAGGAUUGCAAAGGAAGAUUUGCCCAGGCAGGCACUGUUUGCUGAGGGAUUUUUGUUUUGUUGUGUUUUUUUUUUGUUUGGUUGUGUUGUCUUUUUCCUUGGCGUGCCGUGGGGGUGUCUCGCACCCCGACCCCCCGCUUGAGGAGAGGAGUGCAAUAGACCCAGGUGGGGAAUCCACGCGGAAGAUCGCAGCGUUUCAUUUAUAUUUUUGGUCAAUUUCACCGGCAAAGAAGUAAACAUGGCGAGUGAUUCUCCGGCUCGGAGCCUGGAUGAGAUAGAUCUCUCAGCCCUGAGGGAUCCUGCAGGUAUCUUUGAACUGGUGGAACUUGUUGGCAAUGGAACAUAUGGGCAAGUCUAUAAGGGUCGUCAUGUUAAAACUGGACAGCUUGCUGCGAUUAAGGUUAUGGACGUCACCGGGGAUGAAGAGGAAGAGAUCAAACAGGAAAUUAACAUGCUAAAGAAAUAUUCUCAUCACCGAAACAUAGCCACAUAUUAUGGAGCUUUUAUUAAAAAGAACCCACCCGGAAUGGAUGAUCAGCUCUGGCUGGUGAUGGAGUUCUGUGGUGCUGGCUCUGUCACUGAUCUGAUCAAGAACACAAAAGGGAACACUUUGAAGGAGGAGUGGAUUGCGUACAUCUGCAGGGAGAUUUUACGGGGUUUGAGUCAUCUACACCAGCAUAAAGUAAUUCAUCGAGACAUCAAGGGGCAGAAUGUACUGCUGACAGAAAAUGCAGAAGUUAAACUAGUGGAUUUCGGUGUCAGCGCUCAGCUCGACAGAACAGUGGGUAGAAGAAACACCUUCAUUGGAACUCCUUAUUGGAUGGCUCCUGAAGUCAUUGCAUGUGAUGAAAAUCCUGAUGCCACUUACGACUUCAAGAGUGACUUAUGGUCUUUGGGGAUAACAGCCAUCGAGAUGGCAGAAGGUGCUCCUCCCCUUUGUGACAUGCAUCCCAUGAGAGCUCUGUUCCUCAUCCCCCGGAAUCCAGCCCCACGGUUGAAAUCGAAGAAGUGGUCUAAAAAAUUCCAGUCAUUCAUUGAGAGCUGCCUAGUGAAGAACCACAGUCAGAGACCAACUACUGAACAGCUGAUGAAGCACCCAUUUAUUCGAGACCAGCCUAAUGAAAGGCAGGUUCGCAUCCAGCUUAAGGACCAUAUUGAUAGGACUAAGAAGAAGCGAGGAGAAAAAGAUGAGACAGAGUAUGAAUACAGUGGAAGUGAGGAAGAGGAAGAAGAAAAUGACUCUGGAGAACCCAGUUCCAUCCUAAAUCUGCCUGGAGAGUCAACACUGAGACGGGAUUUCUUGAGGCUUCAGUUAGCAAACAAGGAGCGUUCAGAGGCCCUCCGACGGCAGCAGCUGGAGCAGCAGCAGCGAGAGAAUGAAGAGCACAAGCGGCAACUGCUAGCAGAGCGGCAAAAGCGGAUUGAGGAGCAGAAGGAGCAAAGGCGAAGGCUAGAGGAGCAGCAGAGAAGAGAGAAGGAGAUGAGGAAGCAGCAGGAAAGAGAGCAGAGGCGGCAUUAUGAGGAGCAAAUGCGCCGAGAGGAAGAGAGGAGGCGUGCAGAGCACGAGCAGGAGUACAUCAGGCGACAGUUAGAGGAAGAGCAGAGACAGUUAGAGAUCCUGCAGCAGCAGUUACUGCAGGAACAAGCUCUACUUCUGGAGUAUAAGCGCAAACAGUUAGAGGAGCAGAGACAAGCGGAGAGGCUGCAGAGGCAACUUCAACAGGAGCGAGACUACCUGGUCUCCCUGCAGCAGCAGCAGCAGCAACGGCAAGACCAGAGGCCAGCAGAGAAGAAGCCGUUGUACCAUUACAAGGAGGGAAUGAAUGCAAGUGAGAAGCCAGCUUGGGCCAAGGAGGUACAGCAAGAAUAUCUUAAUAACUCGCCUGUUCUCCCAGCUAAGCAGAAUCACUCAUCUGUUGCCAGACACUUGGCACCCUUCAUUACUGGCAAAGAUGUAGCACCACAAUCCAACAUUAAGCCUUCUUCUAAUAUUUCCAAGUCACAACCCUCAGCUAAACCAAAUCUGCAAUACCUACGAGCAUUAGAUCCUCGGCAAGUGAACCCAUUAGUCUCUGCUAAGCCAAGACAGGUUCCGCCAGUUAUUAAGAUUUCUAAACCAAGAUCCCAGGUACAGCAACACACCCAGAAGGGAGAAGAAGCCAUCUGGACACAUUCUCAAAUUAGACUUGGGCGUCAAGAGCAAUCAAAAAAGAAUGAUGGUGUGAUAUCCCUCAAAGGGUCUCGCUCUCAAGGAUGUAGUCCGGUUAGGAAAUCAGGAUUGGAGGUCACGAGUGUUUCUUCUCCUCAUGUUUCAAAAGGAAUAAAUUCACAUUUGCCUAGUAACGGAGUGAAAAUGGACUUUAAAGAACAUACUGGAGACAGGGGAAGAAAAUUUGCUCCCUCACUCAUGCCUACAAGUCCCUUAUUUCCCUCAAGAAGCACUCCAUCAUUAAACAAUAUUGACUUGAUGUAUGAUCACCUAGACCUAAGCGCUUCUAGCCCAGAACACAUUUUAAGAAAAAUGAAGACUCAAGCCCUUCAUAAGGAGCUCCAUGCUUCCUUUGAAAGUAUCCCAGGACUCCUGCCAUCUACAGGGAUCCAUCGUACACAAAUGCAACAGAAAAUAGGAAGAAGCAUGGAUCAGCUUCCCCUUCCAUCUCUUGGUCUUUCUCCACAGGGUUCUCAUUGGAAUGAAGCCAUUUUGGCUCCUUUGUCUUCUUGCUCCCGUUCAUCUUCUGUGGACUUACUCUCCUUUCCCCUUAAUUCCAAUCUGAUUCAGGCUUCUAAAGUUUGCAGGGGCAACGCUCCAAAUAGCAUGUCUUCACAGGUAGCGCCAGGAUCAUUCUCUAAUUCUUCCUAUUGUUCUCCCAAGCUUUCUCCUCAAGUAUGUAAUGGAAAAAGUUUUGUAAAUUUGCCUGUGAUCAAGACAUUCCUGUCAUCGAGCACUCCUGAUCUGAGAGAUGUCAGACAACUUAACUCUAAGCUGCCUCUGGUAGAGGAACGUUCUCGACUCAACCGGCAAAGCUCCCCAGCAAUGCCUCACAAAGUGGCUAACAGGAUAUCUGAUCCAAACCUGCCUCCUCGUUCAGAGUCCUUUAGCAUUAGUGGCGUGCAGCCAGCUCGGACACCACCCAUGCUCAGACCAGUGGAUCCACAGAUUCCACAUCUGGUCAGUGUGAAAUCCCAAGGAACCUCUUUGUCUGGCUCUCAGUCACUGCACGAACAACCCUCAAAGGGAAUGGCUGGGUUUCAGGAGGCUCUGACGGUGACCUCUCACCGCACUGAGAUGCCAAGGCAGAACUCGGACCCCACCUCAGAAAACCCUCCUCUCCCCCCUCGCAUUGAAAAGUUUGACCGAAGUUCUUGGUUACGACAGGAGGAGGACGUUCCACCAAAGGUGCCUCAGCGAACAACUUCCAUAUCCCCCGCACUAGCUAGAAAGAACUCCCCUGGGAAUGGCACUGCGUUGGGAGCUAGAUUAGGAUCACAGCCCAUCAGAGCAAGUAACCCUGACCUGAGGAGAACUGAGCCCGUCAUUGAAAGUCCCCUACAGAGGACCAGUAGUGGCAGCUCCUCCAGUUCCAGCACCCCCAGCUCCCAGCCUAGUUCCCAGGGAGGAUCCCAGCCUGGUUCUCAAGCUGGCUCCAGUGAACGUAAUAGAGUUAGAGGAAAUGCCAAACCUGAAGGGUCACCUGUGCUCUCUCAUGAGCCAUCUAAGAUGAAACAGGAGGACAGCAGGGAUGUGACGCGACCAAGCCGACCUGCUAGCUAUAAGAAAGCUAUAGAUGAGGACCUGACUGCAUUAGCCAAAGAGUUGAGGGAACUGCGUAUCGAAGAGACCAAUCGCCCUCUGAAAAAGGUGACUGACUACUCUUCCUCCAGUGAGGAAUCAGAAAGCAGUGAAGAGGAAGAGGAAGAUGGUGAAAGUGAAACGCACGAUGGGACAGUGGCUGUCAGUGACAUCCCAAGACUUAUACCAACAGGAGUUCCUGGAAGCAAUGAGCCAUACAACCUAGGAAUGGUGGCAUCCCAUGGUCUAGAAACAUCCAAUGCAGAUACAUUUAGCAGUAUUUCCAGGGAAGGGACUUUAAUGGUAAGGGAGACCACUGGUGAAAAAAAGCGUUCUAGCCAUGCAGCCAGCAAUGGCUUUGCUGGGCACAUCAAUCUCCCUGAUCUGGUGCAGCAAAGCCACUCACCUGCAGGCACACCGACUGAGGCCCUGGGGCGAGUCUCCACGCAUGCGCAAGACAUGGACUCAGUGGCUGAAUAUGGCAUGGGAAGUAGCACCAAAGCCUCUUUCACUCCGUUUGUGGAUACCAGAGUGUAUCAGACCUCCCCUACUGAUGAGGAUGAAGAUGAUGAUGAGGAAUCAUCUGCUACAGCACUGUUUACCAGUGAACUGCUUAGACAAGAACAGGCCAAACUGAAUGAGGCAAGGAAAAUCUCUGUGGUAAAUGUGAACCCUACCAAUAUCCGCCCUCACAGCGACACGCCGGAGAUCCGAAAGUACAAGAAGCGCUUCAAUUCGGAAAUACUUUGUGCUGCUUUAUGGGGUGUUAACCUACUCGUGGGUACAGAAAAUGGACUGAUGCUGUUGGAUCGAAGUGGCCAAGGAAAGGUCUACAACCUGAUCAACAGAAGGCGAUUUCAACAGAUGGAUGUGCUAGAGGGACUUAAUGUCCUUGUAACAAUAUCAGGAAAGAAGAACAAACUGCGAGUUUACUACCUUUCAUGGUUAAGAAAUAGAAUUUUACACAAUGACCCUGAAGUAGAAAAGAAGCAAGGCUGGAUUACUGUUGGAGACUUGGAAGGCUGCAUACAUUACAAAGUUGUGAAAUAUGAAAGAAUCAAGUUCUUGGUGAUUGCCUUAAAGAAUGCUGUAGAGAUAUAUGCUUGGGCUCCUAAACCAUAUCACAAGUUUAUGGCAUUUAAGUCUUUUGCAGAUCUCCAGCACAAACCGUUGCUUGUGGACCUCACAGUAGAAGAGGGUCAAAGACUGAAGGUUAUCUUUGGAUCGCACACUGGAUUCCAUGUGAUUGAUGUAGAUUCGGGGAACUCUUAUGAUAUCUAUAUACCAUCUCACAUUCAGGGCAAUAUCACUCCUCACGCCAUUGUCAUCCUGCCGAAAACGGAUGGGAUGGAGAUGCUCGUGUGCUAUGAGGAUGAAGGGGUGUAUGUGAACACCUAUGGACGGAUCACUAAAGACGUGGUGCUGCAGUGGGGAGAAAUGCCUACUUCUGUGGCCUACAUUCAUUCCAAUCAAAUAAUGGGCUGGGGAGAAAAAGCUAUUGAGAUCCGUUCAGUGGAGACAGGACAUUUGGAUGGAGUAUUUAUGCACAAGCGAGCUCAAAGGUUAAAAUUUCUAUGUGAAAGAAAUGAUAAGGUAUUCUUUGCAUCAGUGAGAUCUGGAGGAAGUAGCCAAGUUUUUUUCAUGACCCUCAACAGAAAUUCCAUGAUGAACUGGUAAUAGAAGAACGCUUGACACUUACCUUCAUGGCAUUAUUUCUAAUUUAAAGGACAUUAAACAUGUGGACUAACACUCUAGAGGCAGAUACAGAAAGCCUUGUGGAAUACACCACUCCCCUACACACACUCUCACAAUACAGUACACCCUUCAUUGUUGCAGUCUGGUAAUGGAGAGAGAGGAUUCACUGGAGAUCCCUAAGAAUGCAACACUGUGUUUGGGGCAGAAAGAGACGUAUGCACUUCAAAAGUAGGGAAAGAAACCUCUGAUGGUCUCCUGAUUAAGCUGUGUUAUAGUGGGUUAUGAAUUUUUUUAUUUUACUUUUUCUUUGUCCCCUGCUUUGUAAGAAUGGGGAAGAAAAUAGUGUCAAAACGUAUGUUUUUAAUUCUGUCUGCCUGCUAGCGUCAAAUAUAUAGUUUGCUGUAAAUUUACUAAUUCAAACUGGUGAAAGACAGCACAAUAAAUGUACCUUUUAUCUUUGCGAUGAAGGCCAUAACCAUAUAGCUAAGUAAUUUUGGAAAAUCUUUUGCCUUCACCAACAUUUACAUGUUGCUUUUGGCAGCAACAGCUUAAUGGAUUUUUAAAGAAGAGAAAAAUAAUAGUUUUUCCCCUCUUUUGGGAAAUGGAUUUUAAAUGGCUAAACUACUAGCCUUAGACUAAUAAAAUCAACAACCAUUUUUGUCAGUCUGUCAGUCCAUAUUUCUAUAUGGAUCUUCACAUAAUGGUGUGUGUUGAUAGAGAAAGUAGUGUCGUUUGUUGUUACUCCUGAAAACAGUGGGAGGGUGUAUUAGCAUUUCUUUCCCCAUGCUACAUUAUGCAAGAGGUCAGGGCAAAAGAAUGGGAGGAUGGAACAAAGGCUGAGAGAAACAAGGUCAUUCAGGUGACAAAUCUACUUGGAGGGAUGCGUGGAUCCACUUGGGUUUUUAACUUAGGAUCCAGUCAUACUGAGAACUAAUUGGGUGUGCUCAGCUGAAUGGUUGGGCCCCAUAACAGUGAUGCUGUGCAUUCAGAACUGCCAUGGAAGUCAGUGAUAGCUAAGGGUGACUAACACCGAUAAGGAUUGUGGCCCCAGUGAUAACGUGGCUUCCGUUGACCUUGUCUCUUCUCCAGAUAUGAAGAUCGGAACGGGCAAGUUAGAAGGUUCUGAGAGGCCAGUGUUCGCUCAGUGUAGAAGGGAGAGGGGAUUAGCUACUAAACCAAGCCAAAAGGUGCAUUGCACGGCUGAAUUGUAAAGAAUUUUUAAAAAUAGGGUUUCUUGAGUGAAGAUUCUGAAGCUAUAAUCACUUUCUGCCCCUCCUCCGCUCCCCACGAAUUACCCAACAUACAGUGAACGACAACAUCUGUGCAGAAAUAUGUAUGUAUUUAGUUCAGGUUGAAUUGUGUCCUUAUAAACUCUGCUCAACUGAUUUAAAUUUUAA